UAACUGUUUUGGUCGCUUUGGGAAUGAAUGUUUCGACCAGACGAUAGCCACUCGGGAGAAAGCGAGCCUCCAAUCAACAGUCGUAAACGAAAGAAUGGUGAAGACUCUGCCUACCGGCAGCUAGAGCUAAACUUUCCAAAAAAACAUCGUUUCGUUCACGAAGAAGGAAGCAGCAGCGUUAUGGCCACUUCGCACAAGCUGUUAGGUAGAAAAUCAUUGACCUCCAAAUCUGGACAGACAAAGAAGCUCGUCAUAAAGAACCUAAAAGACAAGCCGUCUCUUCCUGCAAACUACCAAGAAGAGACUUGGUGUAAACUUCGCAGAGCCGUACAUGCGAUACACACGAGCAGUUCGAUCAACGAAAGUCUAGAGGAAUUGUACAAGGCUGUUGAGAAUAUGUGCUCUCAUCGUAUGGGAUCCACCGUUUAUGAACGUCUGAGGGAAGAAUGUGACGAUCAUGUGAAGUCUCGUCUGGGAGAAAUUGGCACAGAGGACUCUUUGGAUCCACCACUCUUUCUAAAGAAGCUUGACAAAUGUUGGCAGAACCACUGCAGCCAGACACUAAUGAUUCGAAGUAUUUUUCUAUUUCUUGAUCGUACGUAUGUGAUGCAAAAUUCAACUGUUAUAUCUUUGUGGGAAAUGGGUCUUGAGUUGUUCAAAGUUCAUGUUGCUAGUCAAGACACUGUCAAGUCAAAGGCUGUGGAUGGAAUCUUAUGUCUGAUUGAGAGUGAACGCACUGGUGAACAGGUUGAUAGAACACUGGUAAAGAGUCUUGUCAGGAUGUUAGUUGAUCUACAGAUGUAUGCUGAUGAAUUUGAAGCUCCAUUUCUUGUUGCAACAGAUCGACUGUACGCUGCAGAAGGGAAACGUUUGAUGACUUCGGAUACUGUCACUAUUCCAGAAUAUCUAACUCAUGUUGACCGCCGCCUCAGACAGGAAUCAGAUCGAAUACUUCACUAUUUGGACCAAUCAACUAGAUUGCCAUUAGUGGCCAGCGUAGAGAGACAGCUGUUAAGCUCUCACCUUUCUGCCAUUCUUGAGAAAGUUGUUUGUUUAGGGUUUGACGAUCUCAUGCAUCAUCAUCGACUACCAGAUCUGUUGCUACUGUAUCAGCUGGUUUCAAGAGUAAAGGGAGGUUUAGACAAAAUGUGUGGUGCUUGGUCACAAUACAUCAAGAAGUGUGGAUCUGCGGUUGUUGUUAAUCCAGAGAAAGACAAGACCAUGAUUCACGAACUUCUAGAUUUUAAGGACACAUUGGACGAAGUUCUAGUAAAGGCGUUUCAGGGCAACGACAAGUUUGUUAAUGCUUUGAAGGAGUCAUUUGAGGCUUUCAUUAACAAGCGACUAAACAAGCCAGCAGAGCUGCUGGCGAAGUUUGUGGAUGGUAAAAUGAGGGCCGGAAACAAGGAAGUGACUGAUGAAGACUUGGAACGUUUACUAGAUAAAGUUCUUAUUAUCUUUAGAUUCAUAAAUGGUAAGGAUGUUUUUGAGGCUUUCUACAAGAAAGACUUGGCCAAAAGACUCUUAGUGGGGAAAAGCGCAUCAGUUGAUGCUGAACGUUCAUUUCUUUCAAAAUUAAAGCAAGAAUGUGGGGCUGCGUUCACAAGCAAGUUGGAAGGGAUGUUCAAGGACAUGGAACUUUCUAAAGAUGUGAUGAUCAACUUCAGACAGCAUGUAUCACACUGUUCAUCAAGCAAGCAUAUUGACCUUUCUGUGUCAAUUCUAACAAUGGGGUAUUGGCCAACAUACCAACCAGUCGAAGUAGUUUUACCACCGGAGAUGACUAGGCUGCAGGACAACUUUCAGAAGUUUUACCUCAGCAAGUACAGUGGUCGAAAGUUGCGAUGGCAGACAACAUUAGGGCAUUGUGUAUUGAAAGCAUCAUUUAGUGCAGGACAUAAGGAGCUCCAAGUGUCACUAUUUCAAGCUCUGGUUCUUCUUUUAUUUAAUGAUGGCACAGAGUUUGGCUUUGCAGACAUUCUGCAAGCUACUGGUAUAGAGGAGUGGGAGCUUUGCCGUACAUUGCAGUCUCUUGCUUGUGGUAAAGCAAGAGUUCUCAAGAAAACCCCAAAGGGAAAAGAUGUGCAAACAGCAGAUCAGUUUACAGUCUAUGAAGAUUUUCGACAUAAGCUGUUUAGAAUCAAAAUAAAUCAAAUCCAGAUGAAAGAGACUCCUGAAGAAAAUACCACCACAACAGAAAAUGUGUUUCAAGACAGGCAAUAUCAGAUUGAUGCUGCCAUUGUAAGAAUCAUGAAAACUCGAAGAACCCUUCAGCACAACCUUCUUAUUUCUGAAUGUUAUAGUCAGUUGAAAUUUCCUGUGAAGCCUUCUGAUCUUAAGAAGCGAAUAGAGAGCUUGAUUGAUCGUGACUAUGUCGAGAGAGACAAGGAGGAUUCACAGCUGUAUCAUUAUGUAGCAUAGCGUGGUGGUAUGUCUGACUGAGUUUAUCAAACCUGUACAUCUCAUAUGCUAAGUCUGAUGAAAGAUUUGAAGUAGUACUAUAGUAUUGAGAAUGGCAUUAUGUAAUAGAAGAGACAAAAUGUAUUGGUUAUGUGUUAUUAUUCUACAGUGGUGAGGGUCUUGGGUAUCUUGUUGGUAGUUCAUUUGUACUCUUUGGAACAGUGAGACGAAAAAUUUUCAAGGUGAGGACAAA